AAUUGGUCGAUCUGUCCACGUGACGUGUUACGUUUGGAAGAUUCUCGCGCCAUAGUCAGAGCCCCGCCCUCGCGCACUGGAAGACUCACUCUGAUUGGUGGAAAGCGGUAGCAGAUUCGCGCCAGUUUUUGCAGCUGCUCUUCAGACCGCGCUGCAUCUUCAGUCAAGGAAACGUUUUCUAGGUUAAAUAGUCACAGAUUUACCUUAGAAACGUGACUAUUCCACACUUCCGCAACAAAAAUGGCACCAAAGGAUUACAUGGCGGAGAAGGAGAAGUGCAAGCGCUUCCUGCAGGAGUUCUACAGCGAGGAUGACUCCGGGAAGAAGGUGUUCAAAUACGGCGCUCAGCUGGUGUCUCUGGCGCACAGAGAGCAGGUGGCUCUGGUGCUGGAUCUGGAUGAUGUGGCGGAGGAAGACCCUGAGCUGGUGGAGAGUGUGUGUGAGAACGCCAAGCGUUACACUGGACUGUUUGCAGAUGCGGUUCACGAGCUGCUGCCUGAAUACAGAGAGAGAGAGGUUGUGGCGAAGGAUGCCUUGGACGUUUAUAUCGAGCACCGGCUGAUGAUGGAGACCAGAGGUCAUGACCCCGCAGACACGCGUGACCCCCGGAACCAGUAUCCGGCUGAACUCAUGCGUAGAUUGUGAGUGACACAC